UUCAGCUCCCUGAAUACAAGUAAUUUUAAAGCCUAAAAAAGCACCAUUAACAAAGCAUGACUUCAGCUCACGAACAGUUAUUUUUCUUUGCAUCCCAGCUGAGACAUGAGCCAAUAUGCAAAAAAGUCUUCAACAAGAAGCGCAAGCCCUUCAAUUCUUUUAAACAGAGACUGCAGGGAACAGAAAUCGGUACUGUGAAGAAGCAGCCCCCGCAAAAGAAUCAGCAGGUGAAGAAAUCUAACUGGAGACAGCAGCAUGAGGAUUUUAUUAACGCUAUUCAGUCAGCCAAAGAAGUCACAAAAGCUAAACAAGAAGGCCGUCCUCUUCCGCCUCCUCCCCCACCAAGCAUCAAUCCAGACUACAUUCAGUGUCCAUACUGCUCAAGGAGAUUUAAUGAGGCUGCAGCGCAAAGGCACAUCAAGUUUUGUGAAGAACAAGCUGCCCGCCAUGCGUUUGCUGCAAAGACCACCAGACAGGCUGUGGGCAAGCAACCAGUGACUCAGAGAAAAAAACCAACCUUAACAACUGGAGCAUUAUCACUUCAGAAGAGAGUACAAGAAGCUGCCAAUACAGAUAAACCUAGGCCAGAGACUCCUCAUGGAACACUACAAAAAAACAGAAAACCUCCGGGUGUAUCUCCUGGAAAAAAAUCUUCAGGAGAGUUCAGGCUGCAAAUGCACAACAGAAGAUAGAGUGGCUGCUUGCCGAGGACGUGUUAAGGCUUUCUACCGAGGCAUUACAGACCUUAACAACGCAAUCCUCCAGCUCCUCUUCCACUUUGAGUGCUAAAGCUCAAUACGUUGCAAGGCGGCUGUAACAACAAAAUGGUUGCCACCUUCUAUUAAAAAGAAAGCAAACUGAAGUUCACUCUUCUCCUUU